GGCCGUGUCGGAGGAGCAGGCGGGAAGCGCCACCGCCCGUGCCCUGCCUCGGCGCGGCUCCCGCUAGGCGCGGGGCUCGGCCCCACAGCUCGGAGGAAGAGGAAGUGGCCGCGGCGCCCGGCCGGGCUCUGCUCUGCUGGGCUGCGCUCGGCGCGGGGCUACCCCGCACGGCCUCCGCGGCGCCUCCCGCCGUGCCGCCGCCCCUGCCUGCGCCGCACAAACUUUGUGGCGGGCAGCGGGGCCGGGCGGCGCUGCCCCGGCACCUCCCUGUCGCGGAGCCGGGCGGGGGGUGGGGAGCGGCCCCGGAGCGCGGCGGGCGGGCACGGGCGGCAGCCGGAGGAGGCGGAGGAAGCUCUGUCAGCGGGGCCGGCCGUCUCCGCCCGCCGGGCAUCCUUCAGCACCGCCGGGCUACGCUUCGCCCGCCGCCUGUCUGAGGAGCUGCUGAAAUGGGUUGUGGAUUGAACAAACUAGAGAAGCAUGAUGAAAAACGACCUGGUAAUAUCUAUUCAACUUUGAAGAGGCCUCAGGUAGAAACCAAGAUAGAUGUUUGCUAUGAAUAUAGAUUCCUGGACUUCACGACACUAAAUGAUACUGAGCUGCCAGGAUCAUCUGCAAUCAAGCUCUCCUCCUUGUGUGAUCUUCCAGCUCAGCUGCAAGAAUUGUACCAGCAGGGCUUUAUCUUGGCUGCUGUCCACCCUUUCGUGCAACCAACUGAUGAAAAAGAGAAAACUCCCCAGGAACAAAUCUUCAGGGCUGUGCUUAUCAAGAAAACAGAAAGGUCUUCAAAAGGUGAUGUUCAUAGUGAAGGAUAUAUCCUGGAGGUGGAGUGCUGCUCCUCUUUAAACCAACUUUCAGACAAAAAGGAGAUCCCUGAUUUUAUUAAGAAAAUUCAAGAUGCUGCAAGUCAAGGCUUGAAAUUUGUUGGAAUUAUACCUCAGUACCAUUCCCAAAAGAACUGUCUUGUCAGCGCCUCCCUGACACCCACCAGUAACAACUCUGUGCAAUCAAGAGAUAAUAAAAAUGUUUCAAAUUACCCUGAGGAUCACGCUUCACCUGAUGGCGAGAAAACAGAUGGCAUUAAUGGAUGCAGUACUCCAGCAACAAGUGAGGAAAGUGCUGACCAAUGUGCCCCAUCCAGGGAGGACUGGAGGGGUGAAGGACAGGCUGCUGAAGAGGUGAAUCUCAGGUCUGCAAAGGGAAACGAGGAACAGUUUCAACAUGUGAACCCAAGUGUAAAAGAAACAGCAGACAAGCCAAAUGGACUUGCGGAGAAUGAAACACCAGCACGAUGCUUAAAACCACUUACUGGCAAAACAGAGAUCUUCGCUCUCUUCAACAAGCCUAAAACCCCACAAAGAUGCAGCCAAUAUUAUACAGUGACUAUCCCUAUGAGAAUCUCCAGGAACGGGCAGACUGUCAACAGCUUAGAAGCAAAUUGGCUGGAGCACAUGACAGAUCACUUCAGGAAAGGAGGCUCAUUGGUAAAUGCCAUCUUCAGCCUUGGAAUGGUAAAUGAUUCUUUACAUGGGACAAUGGAUGGAAUAUUUCUCUUUGAAGAUGUUACUGUGGAAGACAGUAAACCCGUACAGGGCUAUGAUGCAAUUGUUGUAGAGCAGUGGACUGUCCUGAAGGGAGUUGAAGUGCAGACAGACUACGUUCCGCUGCUGAAUUCCCUUGCCAUGUAUGGCUGGCAGCUGACGUGCGUGCUUCCUACUCCCAUUGUGAAGACAAACAGGGAGGGAAAUUUAUCUACAAAGCAAAUUGUAUUUCUUCAGAGACCUUCCUUGCCCCAGAAAGCAAAGAAGAAAGAAUCUAAGUUUCACUGGAGGUUCUCCAAAGAUGACAUGCACAACAAACAAAUGAAGAAUUCCACAAAGGCUAAACUAAGUGCUAGGGAGAAGCAAAAGGCAGAGGAGAAGCAGGAAUUUGAAGUCACGGAGAACACAAGAAACUUAGAAGCACAAAUCUCAACAGCAGCCAAGCCUGAUCCAGAACAGCACCUGGAUGAUGUCAUAGACUUGGGCGAUGAGGUAGCUGGGACCAACGACAGAGGAACCCAUCACGACGGGGCAUCAGAAGAAACCUGUCCUGCCAGUUGCGAUACUGGUGACAGCAAUGCGCAGGUCUGCCUCAGCCAGAGCACGGCUGAGCAGGUCACAGAGCAGGGACACUGUGCUCCAGCGUCGGAUGGCUGCAGCGGUGGGGACGUGUACAGCUGCUGUGAAUAAGACCCACAUUUGGAGAAUCCUGUGAGUUGCUGAUACUUUGCUAAGAGAAAAGAACAGAUUUUGCUGAUCACCAUCGCUCACGCCAUUGCUCAAUUCAGCAUUUCUUUGGCAUUGUACUUCCUUUGCUCCUUAGCACACCAAUAUCUUGAUGUUUUAAGUAACUCCAGGGCCCGGGCUUUCUAACCCACAGAAAUUAAUUGCAAGAUUCCAUCUGCUGUACAGAGUGGGAAAUGCCCUACGCCAUCUCCUAGAGCUGCACUUGAGAUUAAAAAGCAAGGUCAGAAAACAUACUUGGGUUUUUCUGUGGGCAACCUUAGCAAAGUAGGUUUGCAUCUAGAUCAGGGCAGACAGUCCACUCAGAUCUUACUCUGUAAUACUUUCUUGUCCACGUAUCUUUGCUGGAGAAGUUAUUGUGCCAUAUGUUAUUUUGUCAUUAAGCUUGUAGUGUCAUGGAAAUGGUAUUUGGACUUAAACAGGCUGAAAUGGGAAAGCGUAGGUAAGAUGGCUGUUACUUAUAUUUAUCUCAAAUAGCAUACUUACUGAUGAUACUCUCUUCUGAGUUUUAUUAACUCCUGCAGAUCUUUAAGCAAUGAGCAAAUCGUGUAUCUAUUUUAGGCACUCUGGGUAAACAAACCCCCGGGUACCUUUGUGUGAGGCAGACAAUUCCAAUAUAAAAUGCAAUUUGCUAUCUGCUCACGUUUCUGUUCUCUUUGCCAGUCAACAGUUCAUCAGUAGCGUGGGGGCUUCAGAAGAUAGAAAGACAGGAAACAAAAAAGCAGGUAAAAUGUGCUGCUUUCAGUAGCUAUCAUCACUAAAAUUGGAAUGAGAUGUUACCUCGUGCCCCUUCCAGGUAGUCAUGCACCACUUCCUCACUGUUAUGGGAACUUAAAUUGUACACAGGGGUCAGUACCCAGCAAAUGUCACUAAAUGACCUUACACAUACCUUAAUAGAGGGGGUUUUAUACAAGUAACCGUAUUUUUGGACUGAUGCCUAACAGAAUUCUGUAAAAUUACCAACAUUUUUAUGUUUGGAGCUACAUUAAAAUAUUUACAAGUGAAUGUAUAUGUGUAAUAUAGUUUCUGUGCCAAUGUUCUCCAAGUACUUCAGUAUUCCUAAAAAUGUAGGAAGUAGUGGUUUCUCUCUUCUUAUCUGCCUUCAUCCCAGUUUAGAAGUGGUCAAGUAAUUUGGUAAUAAAGUGAGAAAUACAUUUUAAAUUCCCCUGCUUUUGUUGUUUUUAAAGCAAGAGCUCUGUAAGCAUUUUGCUGGUUUUACCCUUGCCUGAUUUGUGCCUGAUAAUUUCCCUCAGUCUUCAAAUCAAAAUGCUGUAUGUACAAAGAACUGUGUUCUGUAUCAUCAGAUGCGCGCCUCGAGUGGCUCAAAAGCAUCUUCCACACCUCAAAAUUAUACAGUUGGCAGAACAUUGCAGAGAAGGGAAAAAUCACACCACUUUGAAUAUUCAUCUGAUUGGGCCAACAGCACUCAAGUUGAAACCAUUCGAUUUCACACAUACAAGGCACAGUGUGGGGGUUUUCAUUGAUUAAAGAGUUUUUCUGGUUUUAAUGCAGUGGUUUAACCCCAGGACUGGAAGUAACUUCAGUUUCUGCUGGUAUUUUUCAAUUAUUUCGUUCUGCUGCUUGAGAUUAGACUGGAGCUCCAGUAGCCUCAAAAAUAGGUUGUUUCGGUUGUUCUACUUAGGUGCAAGGUCUCUGCUCUGUACAGUUUUAAGUACUUCUUUGCAAAUUUUAUUAGUGUAAGAUCCUUCUACUGGUGGUUUCUAUUUCAAGGACUCGCUUUGUAUGACUCUUGUUUUAAAACUCGCUAUAUUCAAUGAACAUUUUACUAGUAGAAAGUGUUUCAGUAGAGCAAACUCUCCAAAGUAUUUGGAAUAGAAAGUGUUUCUUGGAUUGCAGUUUGACCUUGUGUGACUGGAUCCCAACUGCUUACAAAACUAAAGAGAAAUAAAGGUCAUGAGGAGA